AUGCUUCCCAUCGCCAGGCCGGCGUCGCGCCUAGUCCACGCCCGCAUCGGCCUGCGCACCACCGCCAACCUCCCGAGAUGGCAGUCUCUCUUCGCCCCCGCCCUGCGUCAUAACCUCCCGUCGCCGUCCGCCGCCCGUCGACAGCCCUACUCCUCCGGGCCCCCUCCUUUUCCCCCUCCGCCGCCCCCGCCGAGCUCCUCCGCCUCGAAGGACGAAGUCAGACAAGCCUCUCCGACAAGCGAGCCAUCCUCCUCCUCCUCCUACCCGAGCUCAGAUGCCACAACUUCGAGCUCCGCCGAGGCUCCCGAAUCGAGCUCGACGUCGACCGCGUCCUCCUCGACUCAACCCACAAACGACGACACCGCUACCACCACUUCUUCGGACCCCAACUCCUCCAAACCCAAACCCGACGACCCCCUCCCCGAAAUAGCCACCAAGAUCUACACCGCCCUCCCGCCCGCACUCUCCGAGAGGCUCUCCCACCUCAUGGACACCGUCCAGACCCGCCUCCUGACGGCCUCGACGACCCUCAACACCCUCACCGGCUACUCGCCCAUCGAGGCCAUCAAGGAACAGAACACCCUCCUCGAGACCCGCCUCGCCGAGGCCCAGGCCCUCGUCCGCACCGCCCGCGCCACCUACAAGACCACCAACGCGAAGCGCGCCACCACCCAGCGCGAGGUCACCACCCUCCUCGCCCGCAAGGAGAUGUGGUCCCCGACCGACCUCGAGCGCUUCACCCAGCUCUACCGCCAGGACCACUCCCUCGAGCAGGAGGUCUCCGCCGCCGCCGAGGCCCUCACCGACGCCGAGCACGCCGAGCAGGCCCUGGGCCAGCAGCUCAACGCCGGCAUCCUGAAGCGCUACCACGAGGAGCAGAUCUGGUCCGAUCGCAUCCGUCGCGCCUCCACCUGGGGCACCUGGGGCCUCAUGGGCGUCAACGUCCUGCUCUUCAUCGUCCUGCAGUUCGUCGCCGAGCCCUGGAAGCGGAGGAGGCUCGUCCUCGGCGUCGUCGAGGAGGAGAAGGCCGUCCUCGAGGGCGUCACCGCCGAGCUGGCCGGUUUGAAGGCCGCCUUGGCGCAGAGGGAGGCCACGGAUGCCGCCGCUGAUGCUGCCACUGCCGCCGCCGCCGCCGCCGCCGCCGCGGCGACGACGCCCGCGACACCCGUGGUGAUGGAGGAAGAGACGCUUGUCGCGGAGCCUACGGAAGCGGCUGAGGCUGAGGCUGCGGCUGCGGUUGCGACAGCGGAAGCAACAGCGACCGGAGCGGCCGCAGCAGGAGAGGAAGCGCUGAGCGCCAAGCUCGAGGAGCCGGCCGUCCAGCACGAGAUGGAGCGAGAGGUCGCCAGUGCCCUCGAAGCACUGAAGCAAGAGGUCCCGACGCCCAAGUCGUGGCGUGAGUUCCUCACCGACCCGGCGCUUCCGGCGUUGCUCAAGGCGAAGUUGGUCGAUCUGUACAGUGAGCGUCACAUCGACCUGCGCAUGCGAGACGCCUCAAUCCUCGCUCUCGAGGGCGCUGCUGCCGGAGCUACCUUGGCGGGAGGCAUCGCCCUGCUGCUCUUGCGAAGAACAUAA